AUGAGUAGAAAUCGUGCAAAGUUUUCACCAAGCGAAAUACGAUUUUCGCAUGACGUUAUCAGCUAUAGGUUCACAGAUGGCACUCUGAUUCAAAGUACGCUUGAGCAAUUGAUAACUGGAGCUAUUACCAUCGAUGACAUACCCAAAAUAAAAAUUGUUAAAAGGGACGGUCUAAAAUUUUCAGUGAACAAUCGGCGCCUGUGGGUAUUUCAAAGGUAUGAAGAGUUCCUCAGAAGUGGUGGGGAAACCUUAGCUAUUCCAGUAACAUAUGGAGCACACAAAAACUUGAAGGAUUACAAACUGACCACUCGCAACGAGGGUAUUACUGUAAGAAUUGGACGUCGUCAAAUGACGGACAACACAAUUCGUCUGAGAAUAUCGGAUAUUCGUUACUCGAGAGAUGCAAUAUAUUUCAAAGAUAGGAAAGAUGGAUCACUGAAUGAUAUAUUAGAGAAUCUUGAAAACGGUAUCUAUACAAUAGACACUCUACCAAAGGUAACUGUUGUACAGAGAAAGGAUUUUUUCUAUGCCAUAGAUAAUGAAAGAGUGCUUUGGGCUAUUAAGCGAUAUUCUGAGAAGCAAGCUGAGGACAUGACUCUGACAUGUAAUCUUGGAAAAUAUUCAGAUUUAGGACCGACUUUGUUCACAACAAAAACGAAUGGAUUAUCUAUACGUGUUCUGUCAGGCUAUCCAGAGAAAAAGAGAAAAAUAAAGCAGGAAAAAUGCAUGCAAUAUUCUCUUUUUGAUGAAGAUGCAUUUUAGUGAAUGGAACGACAGUAGUUUGUUUGACUAAAUAUCCAUAAUAUUCCACUCCCUCAUUGUAUCACUUGGUAACAUAAUACUAGAGAUGUACAAGCAUAGACUGAUGUGAAAAUUGAUAACGGAUUAACAAAAAGGGGAGUUUCUAAAAAGUGUUGUAUUACUAAUUUAGGUCAUAUGAACUUGAAACAUUUUAUUUCGUUUUUCACAUGCUUAAUUUUUUAUUCCGAUGGUUUUUGUUGCCUGUUUCGCAGACCUAGGAGGAAUAUAAUGUCUUUACUGUCCCUCUGUCUGCCGUUCCGUCUAUCUGGUGAAAUAUUCUUUACCUUGACCCCUUUGUUUUGUGAAAAAAAAACGUAUGUAGUAUGUUGUGUAUU